CGGUUCCGGUUGUCUUGUACGCUAGACGUUUGCUAAACACUCCCGAUAAACAAGUGAAAAUCAGGGAGAAAUAAUAAGCCCACCUUUAAAUAGUGCAACACCAAAUAUUUAUGGAACGUGUGUUCAUCGUUAUGAAUCAUAGUGAACUUAAAAACACAUUUAAAAAGUGAUAAAUCCUGUACUCAAAAUCUAGAUAACAUUGUUCGAGAUCUGUCAAAGCGAUAAAUUGUGCUGCUACCCGCAACAGCGAUACCAAUUUAAGAAAAAGAAAAAAAAAAAAAAAACAACAUUACGUUCAGAAACUAGUUUCAAAUUCCGCUCAACUUUACGUUUCGUUUCACAUAAAAAUGUCGUUGUCACCUGAGAUGUCACUGCUUUUAUCUAAAAUGACGGAACAAUUGAACUUGCAAACUGCUACAAUUACGGAAAAUAUAACUGCAGCCAUAUUACACCAAGUCGACGAAAAAAUAAAACCGAUCAUAGAGGAGAACGAAAAACUGAAGCAGGAAGUUGAGACAUUAAACAAAAAGAUUCUUACCCUCGCGUCUAUUACCAGGAAAAACAAUAUAUUAAUUCAUGGCUUACCUGAAGAAAAUGAUGAAAAAUUCGAAGAUCUAAGUAACCUUGUAAAAUCAACAUUGCGCGGAAUCGAAGUGGAAAUUAAAACAGAAGAUAUUAACAUACUUCAGAGACUAGGGAAAAAAGGAUCCAGAGAUGGCAAAACUAGACCAAUUUUGCUUGCUACCACGAGCCUACAGAAGAAAAUCCAGAUUUUGAAAAAUAAAAAGAAAUUGAAAGCUGACAUAUACAUCACGCACGAUCUACCAAAGGAAGUACUUCUAGCCAAGAAAGGAAAUAAAAACAAAAAUUCCGGCGACAGCAAAAAAGACACAGAAAAAAGGAAAAGAUCUGAAACUCCAAGUCCUGGCAACCCAAUUGCAACAAAUACGAAGAUGCACAAGAUAGAUGCUUUUCAAUACUUACGACAGAGAUCACACUCCUUUUCAGAAAAAAACACAAACAAAAACUAAUACUCCAUCAAGAACCGGAGGAUUACAACCGACAACAACAAACAAUCCAAGUCAACAUUUAUUUGAACUACAACUAAAUACGUCACAGCUAAAACAACAAAAUCAAAUACUCCCAAGACGGCUGGUCACCGAGGGAGGAUUAGACCAUCACCCUCUAACAAUAAAACAAAAAUUAGAUACUGCAACCCCAAAUAUUAGAUCUACCCCAAGCCGAUUGGUGGGGGAUAGGAACCACAACCCCCCAAUAACACAAGAAAUCAAUUGCGAAAACAGCUACACGAAAUCAAAAAUUUAUAUUGCAGCCCUCAAUGUACUUACACUGAAAAACGAUGAAAGCCUUACAGAACUAGUAUAUGCGUUGAAACAGAUUAAAUGGGACAUUGUCGGCCUGAGUGAGGUAAGGCGAAUGGGAGAAAGAAUUAUUUCCCAUCCAGACUUCCUUCUAUACCAUAUAGGAACGACCCCAGGUCAGUAUGGAGUUGGUUUUAUUAUAAAAAAAUACCUCACAAACUAUGUUGAGAGCUUUAUAGGAGUAUCAGAACGCAUAGCACUGAUGAAUCUUAAGCUACCUGGGUACAAAGAUCCAUGGACCAUCAUACAAGUAUACUCACCCACGGAACAAUCCGAUACAGUAUCAAUAGAGUCAUUCUACCUAGACCUAAAUAAAACAAUCCAAGACUAUGCUUACAAAAACCUUGUUGUGAUAGGAGACUUCAAUGGCCAAAUUGGAGAACGACAACCAGAAGAAGACACAGUCUUGGGACCAUUUGUGUAUGGAAAAAAGGCCAGAAGCAGAAACGGAGAAAGACUUGUAAACUUUGCACAGGAGAAUGGCUUGAGAAUCUUAAACACAGUGUUCAAGAAGAAAGAAAGUAAGAUGUGGACCUGGUCAUCACCAGACGGGAAAACAAAAAACCAAAUAGAUUUUAUAAUGUCUAAUAAAAGUAGAUACUUCUCUAACAUGAAAGUUAUAAGCAAUUUCAACUUCAAUACAAACCAUCGAAUUAUUCGAGCAGAACUAACGACAACCCCGCCAAAAAACUCAAGACCAAGAAACAAUAUGAUGAACACAAAACCUACCAAAUACCAAAUAUCCCAAAUAGCCAACUCUGUAAUGACAAAACUUAUAGAUUACAAAAAAGAGACAACAAACAUGGAGGUGCAAGAAAAAUACGACUGGUUAGAAGGAGCAAUCAAAGCAGCUAUUCAACAAGGGACUAAUAACAAAGACCUAUCUAACAAGUGGAUGACUACCAAAACAAUCAACCUUCUCAAACAAAGAGCUAACUUAAUUAAAGAAAAAAAUAGUAACGAUAAUCGAAAGCAAAUAGCAAAACUCAGCAAAGAAAUUAAAGAAAGUAUUAGAAAAGAUAGAACUCAAAAAAGAAUGGAAACAAUAGAGAGACACAUUUUACAAACAGGAGGUAUAAAAAAGGCACAUAAGGAAUUAUCAAACAAAAAGGACUGGAUCGUACAGAUGAAAGAUAGUAAUAGCUUGAAGGAAAAUCGAAGGCAAGGAAUAUUAGGAAUUGCUAGAUCUUACUACAAGAAAUUAUAUGAAAACAACAUAGAGGAAAAAGAAAUAGAGUUGUUGGAAUUCUCAUCCGUGCCCAGCAUCAUACAGGAUGAAAUAGAAUUCGCUAUAGAAACUCAAAGAGACAAUAAAGCUCCAGGACCCGACAGAAUAAGUAACGAAGUACUAAAACAAGCGAAACAAACAAUAACACCUAUUCUCAAAGAAAUCUUCAACGAUAUCAUCAACACAGAAACGAUUCCCCAGCAAUGGACUAAAUCCAAUAUAAUCCUUCUGUACAAAAAAGGUGAUCAGUACGAUAUUGGAAACUACCGACCCAUAAGUUUAAUGUCCAACCUGUACAAAAUAUUUGCAAAGAUCUUGCUCAAGCGAAUGGAGGGCAAACUCGACGAGCAACAGCCAAUAGAACAAGCAGGUUUUAGAAGAAACUACUCAGUACUUGAUCAUAUCCAUGCUGUUAGGCAAAUCAUUGAAAAAUAUACAGAAUAUCAACUCAUAUACUAUCUAGCAUUUGUCGAUUACACCAAAGCAUUUGACUCAUUAAUACAUGCAAACAUCUGGGAGGCGUUAAGAGAACAAGGAAUAGAACAAAAAUAUAUAAGAUUGAUUAGAAAUGUUUACAAAAACAGCUCGGCGUGCAUUCAGCUAGAAAAGAAAGGAGAUUCGUUUAAGAUACAAAAAGGAGUAAGACAAGGAGAUCCUCUCUCUCCAAAACUUUUCUCCUCUGUUUUGGAAAUGAUCUUCAGGAGCCUUGAUUGGGAGAAUCUGGGUUUAAAUAUAGACGGCCGCACACUAACACACUUAAGAUUUGCCGAUGACAUUGUGUUAUUCGCAAAAACACCGGGAGACCUAAAUAGAAUGUUAAACGAACUAGCCUCGGAGAGUGAAAAAGUAGGACUAAAAUUAAAUCCCGAAAAAACAAAAGUAAUGACCAACGGAACCAAAAGCAGCAUAAAUGUAGGCAAGUCAGAAAUUACCUAUGUCGAAGAAUAUAUAUACCUCGGACAGCUGAUAUCACCUAAAGAUAAUAUAAACAAAGAGAUCAAAAGAAGAAUUGCAAACAGUUGGAAGAGGUAUUGGGAUCUGAGAGAAAUAAUGAAAGAUAAAAACCUUCAUAUAGGAACAAAAGGCAAACUAUUCAAUGUUUGCAUUCUACCAAUUUUAAUGUAUGGAAGCCAAACAUGGGCCUUAACAAAAAACAUAACCAAUAGAAUUGCUAUUUGCCAACGAGCAAUGGAAAGAAGCAUGAUAGGAGUAAAAAGGAAGGAUAAAAUAAGAAACACUAACAUUAGGAAAAAUACUAAGACACAAGACGUAACUCUAAAAAUAAAAAGGCUAAAAUGGAAGUGGGCGGGACACAUGGUCAGAGGAAAAGAAAAAUGGAGCAAAAUAACUACACAUUGGUACCCAAGGGAAGGCAAGAGGAAAAGAGGCAGGCAACAAAAAAGAUGGGACGAUGAUAUUAGGCAGGUUGCGGGCAUAACAUGGAGUAGAGUAGCCAGAGAGAGAUCAGAAUGGAGUAGGUUAGAGGAGGCCUUUGCCAACUGGCAAACGGACUUACAGAGAGUAAACAAGCACCAAAUACACCAAUUUUAAUUUUCUAAAAUACAUAUAUAUAUACAUAUAUCAGUAUAAGUGCAGUAAUAUAAGAAACUUAAUUU